AUGUCGAGCCAGCCCCUGCUCCAGACUGCGCCAGGCAAGCGGAUUGCCCUCCCCACCCGCGUCGAGCCCAAAGUCUACUUCGCCAACGAGCGGACUUUCCUGUCAUGGCUGAACUUCGCCGUCAUUGUCGGCGCCCUCGCCGUCGGCAUGCUUAACUUCGGCGACAAGGCCGCCAAGAUAUCCGCCUUCUGCUUCACCGGCGUCUCCAUCGCCACGCUAAUAUAUGCACUACGGACCUAUCACUGGCGAGCGAAGUCCAUCAGGGUGCGGGGCCAGGCCGGCUUCGACGACAGGUUCGGGCCCACGGCGCUGGCCAUCCUGCUGUUGAUCGCGGUGGUAGUCAACUUCGUGCUGAGAAUUGUAGAUUCCUCCAAGGAAUCUUCCAAGGGUCACUGA